AUGUCCACCCAAAAAACCACCUUCCUCCUCAACUGGGCACCCACUCCUUACCACAUCCCCAUCUACCUCGCCCAAAAACUCGGUUUCUUCACCCGCGAAAACCUCACACUCGCCAUCCUCGAACCAUCUGACCCCUCCGAUGUCACUGAACUCAUUGGGUCCGGCAAGAUUGAUAUGGGCUGUAAAGCCAUGAUUCAUACCAUUGCCGCCAAAGCCCGUGGAUACGGCGUCACUAGUGUGGGUACGCUCUUGGAUGAGCCUUUUACGGGUAUUGUCUAUUUGAAGCAUCAGGGACGGAUUAGCGAGGAUAUCGCUAGUUUGAAAGGAAAAAAGAUUGGGUAUGUUGGUGAAUUUGGGAAAGUUAUUGUGGAUGAACUGAUGAGGAGGUUUGGAAUGAGUGAACAAGACUAUACUGCUGUUCGAGUAGGAAUGAACGUCACAUCCGCCCUCAUCAACUCCCAAAUCGAUGGAGGAAUCGGCCUCGAAAACAUUCAACAAGUACAACUCGAACACCAUUCCGCCAGCCUCGGCCUCCCCCCUUCCAACGUCGGUAUGCUCCGGAUCGACGAACUAGCAGAACUCGGUUGCUGCUGCUUCUGUUCCGUCCUCUACAUUGCCAACGACACUUUUAUUAAAAAUCAUCCUGAAAAGGUGCGAGGGUUCAUGCGUGCCGUUCGCUCAGCAAUGGACUUUAUCCUAGCCAACCCAAAAGAAGCCUGGAAACUAUUUGUGGAAAUGAAACCCGCCAUGGAUUCUCCUGUCAAUCACAGCAUGUACGAGAGGAGUGCAGUCUACUUUUCAAAGACGGGUGAAAAUGUUCAUCGGGAUUGGGCUAAAGUGACCAACUAUGCGAAACAUUUGGGUGUGGUGCAAGAGGGAUUCAAACCUAAUUAUACGAAUGAAUUCGUCCCAGAUUUGGGGGAUAUGAAAGAAAAAGUGCUUGUAGAAGAGGAUGGAGUUGGUGUUGGCAAAGAUGGAGAGGAUAUCGUGUCCCGUUGA